AUGAAUAUCAAAAUGGCGGUUCCUCAGUCAACCCAUAUUUUGCGUUCAGUUGAAGAACAUACGAGGAAUACGAUCAAGACACUUUUCGAAUUCCUCCACGCUCAAGGCCAGGGCGAUUAUCUCGGCGAACGAGUCACCCAAUUGGCUCAUUCUCUUCAAUGCGCGAAUCAUGCAGCUCAAUCUGCACAAUACGGACAGGACCCUGAGGUCAUUCUUGCCGCAUUGCUUCAUGAUGUUGGCCGCUUCAUUCCUGCCGCGGAAAAGAUGGGGAAGAUGAUCACGCCGGAUGGUCAUUAUAUUGGUCGACAAAGUCAUGAAGUUCUUGGCGAGUCUUAUCUACGUCAGAUCGGAUACAGUGAAAGGAUCUGUCAGCUUGUCGGGGCCCAUGUUAUGGCAAAGCGAUAUCUCGUUGCCACAGACAAGACCUAUCAUGAUGGGCUUAGUGAGACGAGCAAGAGAACUCUCCGGUUCCAGGGCGGGGGUUUCACUAAUGAGGAGGUUCUCGAAGCUAAAAAAGACCCUUGGCUUGGAGAGAAACUGGCUGUCCGGAGAUGGGAUGACCUAUCCAAGGACCCGGAUCUUGUUGUGCCUGCACUUGAGGUCUACGAAGAGAUCGCAUAUCAGUGUCUACUAGAGUCACGAGGAAAAUUCAAGCUUCACUCCAGGGAGUACCACAUUCCGAGUACACCCACCGUUGUCAUAUGCAUCGAUGGAUUCGACCCGCAGUAUCUCGAGUCCGCUUUUGAGAGAGGCCUGUUACCGACAUUCAAGAAAUUCGUUGAUCAUGGAUUCCAUUCCAAAGCUAAAAGUUGCAUGCCCUCUUUUACCAAUCCGAACAAUGUAUCCAUCAUCACUGGUGCACCUCCAGCGGUCCACGGAAUUGCUGGGAACUUCUUCCUUGAUCGGAAGACGGGAGAGGAAAAGAUGAUAACCGAUGACUCGCUCCUUAAAGGAUCCACUUUACUUGAGCAGAUGCAUCAACGCGGUGUGCGUAUCGCUGCAAUCACUGCCAAGGAUAAACUGCGGAGAAUCCUGGGACAUGGUCUUGAUAAGGGUGCCAUUUGCUUUUCAGCGGAGCGUGCAGCUGACUGCACGCUUGAUGAGAACAGCAUUGAUAAUGUGGGGGAAUGGCUAGGUCAACCUGCUCCAGGCCAAUAUUCAGGAGAACUGUCCCUAUUCGUCCUCGAUGCGGGAAUAAAAUUACUCCAGGAAGGACGAUCGGACUUUUUGUAUCUUACACUGUCUGACUAUAUUCAGCAUAAGUAUCCACCUGGAAGUAAAGAGGCGGAUGAGUUUAUGGGAUCAAUUGACGUGCGACUUCAGAUACUGGUUGGUCUUGCUCCUAUUAUCGGGGUUACCGGAGACCAUGGAGUGAGCCAAAAGUCGAAUAGUGAUGGUGAACCCAAUGUCCUCUUUCUGGAAGAAGUCAUCAAUGAUGAAUUUGGAUCAGAGUUCUCCAGGGUCAUCUGCCCGAUAACUGACCCUUUCGUUCGGCACCAUGCCGCGCUUGGGUCAUUUGUCCGAGUCUACUUGAAAGAUGUCAUCAACCUGCAGUCCGUGCUCUCCUUCUGUCGCGCAAUCCCCGAGGUUGAGGAGGCUUUGAGCGGACCCGAUGCAGCGAGCAAGUACGAGAUGCCGCUUGACCGCGAAGCUGAUAUUGUUGUCAUAUCGAAGGACUUUGCAGUCAUUGGGAGUAAGAAGUCUGACCAUGAUCUUGUCAAGGAUCACCCCUUGCGUUCGCACGGCGGUCUGAGUGAACAGAAUAUUCCACUUCUCAUGUCAAAGGAAAUCAAAAGCACAGAUGAAAAAGCUAAUAGUUGGAGAAACUAUGAUGUUUUCGAUCUUGUUCUGAAUCUUUGUUAA